AAAUCUCCCCCUAAAUAUUUAUACAGGAGGAGUGAGGGCCCUGCUCGCGAAAACAUACAGACUAUGACGAAUGGGGUUGAGACAAAAGGCAAAAAGUGCUGAAUUGAAUCAAUAGUCCAGCCAUGUUUUAUAGAGGUUAGGGAUAACAGGUGUCUUCACCAGCACGAUGGGACUUCUCUCCUUGUUACAGCAACGCCUUGGACUAUCAUGUCUGGCUUUGGUCCUUCUUGUCAUGGUACUUGUAUGCCCAGAUGUUUCAAGAGGGAACAAACUGCGAAUGAUGCUUCAGAAAAGAGAAGCUAAGGAACCAGAAAAAACUGUUGUAUCUGUAGACGGAAACAAAGCCAAUGAGUUUUUAAAUACACUAAAGCGAUCAAAGCGCCAGCUCUGGGAUAGGAGUCGCCCUGAGGUGCAGCAGUGGUACCAGCAUUUCCUCUAUAUGGGAUUUGAUGAAACAAGAUAUGAAGAUGAUGCUGAUUACUGGAGGAAUCAACGCCGUGCUGGAACUGAAUACUAUGGAGGAUUUCACCAUCACCACUAUGAUGAAGAUGCGCCAAUUGGACCCCGCAAUCCAAAUACAUUCCGACAUGGAGCUGCGGUGAACUAUGAUGAUUAUUAGUCCUACCCUAAAAACGAGAAGCAAAAGAGAUUUUUUUUAACCCCACAUUUACAGCUACAUAAUGCAUUAUGGUCAGUGAGAUUAAAGGGGGUGUCAGAUGUAUGCUGACGAUUUAUGCAUAUAGCAAGAAACCUGUCAAUCAGGCUGAAACAUUGAAAUGCUACUAGAGAAAGCAUAGUUUACAGCCAAGCUGGGGCACAGGGUGAAGCACAGGGCUCCAUCUUUUUUUCUAAGGUUGAAGCCUGUGGGGAUUUCCUAUACUGUCAGUCAUUUAAGCAGACUCCUUUUAUUUUGACGGGCUAUAAUGCAUGCUUUAGCCAUAAACCUGUGGGAUUAAAAACAAUGGCUAUGAUCCAGGUAACUGAUUUAUUGUUAUGAUUUACAGUUUAUUGUGUCAUACUUUAGUCUCUUUGCAUAACACAUUUGUGCAUGGUCACAUUUAGCAGAGCUAAAUAAUUGUUAUGCAGAUUAGUGGUGUAAAGAAACCAUUAAUAUUUUUGACACACAAGGACAAAUGGUGCUUUCUACUCUUUCUAAGUAUUCAUUAUAAUAAAACAUCUGUAUGUAAA